GAACAUUAUAAGGUGAGCUGGGUCUGAGACCACCAUGUUGAAGUACUGAACCCAUAUCCUUUAUCUUGAUUGGAGAUGCGUGGCACUCAUCUCCCUAUUUAUCGAAUCGAAUAUAUAUGAUUAAUUAUAGCAUAUAAAAAGAUCAAAUUGCACUAUUCUAGUACAAAACCCAGAGCCAAUCUCAUAAAAAACAGAGCCGAUGAGUAGUUGGUAAUAAGGAACCGUUUAUUCUUCAUUCUCUUCACUCAUUCAAUGGAGUCAAGGCUAUCUGCACCUCUGCUCAGCCGACAGUGGUUCCCCGGCUUUGGUGGAAAAGGGCGGUUGAUACUCGGGAAGCAAUUGAAUAUGCGAUUUUUGUGCCCCCUCCGUGCCCAUCUCCCCCUCCCCGUUUCCUGCAAAAUGCAGCAGCGCCAUAUCAGCUUGCAUAAUAAGAGACAACGAGACAAGAAAAUCAUUUUGGAGUGUCCAACAAAUGCAGAUAUUCAGUCAAUCAGAGGUGAAGAUGUCCCGGAGGAUACUUCCUUGGAUAAUAGUGCACCAAAUUCUAAGGCAGAAACACUAUCUGCAGUAAAUAUUGACAAUGCAAUAGAAGUUGAAAAUACUGAUGUAAAAGAAGCAAACAGUAUACAGCUUUCAAAAGAUGAAACACCUGGAGGAAAACUUGAAAUCCCAUUAGAAGCCAAGAGUUUCUAUGAGAAAGAAGCUCAUAGCCAACCACUUUUUAAUGAAGAAAUAAAAUCUGAAGGAAGUAUUGGUCUUGUGACAGAAGCUGAAAGAUCAUAUGAGAAAGAUUCCAUUGGUGCAAAUGAGGAGAAGACAAAUGUUCAACUUCAGGAUUUGGUUGGCAUGAUAAGAAAUGCAGAAAAAAAUAUCCAUCUUCUUAAUGAAGCUCGUAUCCAUGCACUCGAAGAUCUUGAAAAAAUUCAUGGUGAAAAAGAAGUAUUGCAGGGUGAGAUCAACAUGUUAGAGAUAAAGCUAGCCAAAACUGAUGCUCAUAAUUCAGCUUAUAUUUCCAAGGGAACUGUUGCUUAUUCGGUUAAUGAAGAACUUGAUACACUGAGAGUAGAGAAUGCUUCACUAAAGGAUGAUCUGAAGUCACUUACGGCAGAGCUCAGCAAUGUCAAAGGAGCUGGAGAACGCAUUCAAAUGCUGGAGAAAGAAAGACUUUUUUUGGAAUCUUCUUUAAAAGAGUUGGAGUAUAAACUUGCAGUAUCUCAGGAAGAUGUGUUGAAACAAUCUGCCCUGAAAUUUGAAUGCAAGAGCUUAUAUCAUAAGGUAGAAAGUUUACAAGAGUUGCUACAUAAAACAACUAAACAGGCAGAUCAAGCAGCAUUGGUAUUACAACAAAACCUAGAGCUCCAGAAGAAAGUUGACAGGCUUGAAAAGUCUCUUGAAGAGGCUAAUGUCUACAAGUUAUCAUCAGAAAAGUUGCACAAACAUAAUGAACUCAUGCAACGAAAGAUAAAACUUCUCGAUGAGUCCCUUCAACGAUCUGAUGAAGAGAUUCGGUCCUAUAUUCACUUAUAUGAAGAUUCUGUAAAUGAAUUUCAAGUUACGCUCGGUAACCUCAAAGAAGAAAGGAAGAAAAGAGCUUCAGAUGAACCUGUAGAUGAUAUGCCUAGGGAGUUUUGGAGUCGCUUACUGCUAAUGAUUGACGGUUGGUCUCUAGAAAAGAAAAUCACAAUGGAUGAUGCUAAGUUGCUGAGAAACAUGGUCUGGAGGAGAGACCGGCUUGUUUACGAUAAAUACAUGUUAUGCAAGGAGAAGAGUGAGCACGAAGUUAUUGCCACAUUCCUUAGAUUAACAUCACCACCAGCAAGUCAAGGACUACACAUAGUUCAUAUUGCAGCUGAGUUGGCACCAGUAGCAAAGGUUGGUGGUCUAGGAGAUGUGGUGACAGGCCUUUGCAAGGCACUGCAGAAGAAAGGACACCUUGUUGAAAUCGUGCUUCCUAAAUAUGAUUGUAUGCAAUAUGAGCUGGUUUCUGACAUUAGGGCUUUAGAUGUCAUGGUUGAGUCAUACUUCGAUGGUGUAUUGUUCAAAAGCAAAAUAUGGAUAGGAACUGUUGAAGGCCUUCCAGUGUAUUUCAUUGAACCUCAGCAUCCGGGGGAUUUCUUCUGUAGAGGCCAAUUUUAUGGGGAGCAUGAUGAUUUCAAACGAUUUUCAUUCUUUAGCAGGGCCGCCCUUGAGCUUCUUCUUCAAGCUGGCAAGAGACCAGAUAUCAUUCAUUGCCAUGACUGGCAAACGGCAUUCAUUGCACCACUAUACUGGGAUCUUUAUGUACCAAAAGGGUUGGACUCGGCCAGGAUUUGUUUUACAUGCCAUAAUUUUGAGUAUCAAGGGAGUGCACUAGCAUCAGAGUUGGCUUCAUGUGGUCUUGAUGUUUCCCAUUUGAAUAGAGCAGAUAGGAUGCAAGAUAAUUCAUCACAUGACAGAAUCAACCCUGUAAAGGGUGCAAUUGUGUUUUCCAAUAUUGUAACUACCGUUUCACCAACAUAUGCUCAAGAGGUUCGGACUGUAGAGGGAGGAAAAGGCCUUCAUUCUACAAUUAGAUGUCAUGCCAAGAAGUUUAUUGGAAUUUUAAAUGGAAUUGAUUCUGAUGCUUGGAAUCCAGCUUCUGAUACUUUUCUAAAGGCUCAGUACAAUGCAAGUGAUUUUGAAGGAAAAGCAGAAAAUAAAGAAGCAUUAAGGAGUCGCCUGGGGCUAUCUUCUGCCGAUAAAAGUCAACCAUUGGUUGGUUGCAUAACAAGAUUGGUGCCUCAGAAAGGUGUUCAUCUUAUUCGGCAUGCUAUAUAUAGAACUCUUGAGUUGGGAGGACAAUUUAUUCUUCUCGGUUCAAGCCCUGUCUCACAUAUUCAGAGGGAGUUUGAGGAUAUUAGCAACCAUUUUCAGAAUCAUGAACAUGCUCGGUUGGUAUUGAAGUAUGAUGAAUCUCUAUCGCGUUUAAUAUUUGCAGCAUCCGAUAUGUUUAUCAUCCCGUCUAUCUUUGAGCCAUGUGGCCUUACACAGAUGAUAGCAAUGAGAUAUGGAUCAAUUCCUAUAGCUAGAAAAACCGGGGGCUUAAAUGACAGUGUUUUUGAUGUUGAUGAUGACACCAUACCAAUUCAAUUUCGGAAUGGCUUUACAUUUUUGACUGCGGAUGAACAGGGUCUUAGUAAUGCAUUAGAGCGCGCAUUUAAUCAUUUUAACAAAAAAAGUGAAGGAUGGAGACAACUUGUUCAGAAGGAUAUGAGCAUAGAUUUCAGUUGGAACUCAUCCGCGUCGCAGUAUGAAGAACUCUACCAGAAGGCUGCAGCUAAAGCAAGAGGAGCUUCAACGCGUUCUUGAUAUUCUUUUAUUCUUUCUUCCGUCCAAUGUUGUGCAUCUCUUCUUCAACUAUAAGAUAUCACAUGCCCAAUUUGCGCUUGCACGUGUUUCUGAUUAGUUUCAGUUUGUGUACCUCUAGUUUGUUUUCUUAUAUUCGUGUAUGCAAUUAUGCAAUGUAAUACACACACACACACACAUACACUAGUAACUGGCCAGACAGGGGGUGGCACGGCCACCUCAAUUUGAGGUGGUUUCUGGUGGUAUUUUUGCUGAAAUUUUUUUGUAUGUUCUUCAUCAAGUCUAGUUCAUCACUUCAUCCAU